UAGUUACUAAGUGAGUCUGGACAAUGUAAGACGUAAGCUCUGCGAUAAAUAUCAUCUAAUGUAGAGACGUGCGGAAAUGGCCUAUUAAAAUGUCUUACAUAAGUCAAUGAAUUCUGUCGAUUGCUAAAUUAUGAUAAUGAAUGGGCUUACGUGUGAUAAGGCGAGCGCAAAAAUUAAAACGGAAUAAAAAGAUGAUCCCUAAUCUCUUGAUUUUCUUUGCCUCAAGCCUCAAGUGAAGUGGGAACUUUCCUGGGAUUUGGAGUAUCUUAAUGAUGCGAAUGCUGGGCGUCUGUUCCCCGUACAUAAAUCCUGAGAUACUAUAUCUUCACCAGGCGCAGUGUUGAGCAAUGGCACGAUUCUUGGCACACGAUACACAUAUUUGAGACCUGUUGCCAAACGGAGGUAAUCCCCAAGGUAAACAUCCCAGGCUUGUUUGGCCAUAAAAGCCCAGAGCGUCAACCAAAGCCAGAAGAAGUGGGAUGCAGAUAGGAGCAGUGCCAAAUACACUUGGAGAAAAAAUAAAAUACGUGGAGAAAAAGCUUACACUUAAUCAUAGUAAUUAAGCACAAACUAUCAACUUCCAAAGAUAUAUUGAUGUUUAAACUGUGCUAAAGACAUGUUUAUUAGAAGAAUUUCUCCAAGUGCAGCAAAAGAUCACACACAUGGGCUAAGUUAAAUGCACUGUGACAAGUGUGCGUCAUUAGGGGGUACUAUAUAAGCAGUCAGUCUAAGGUCGGUCAUCGGUUCAGUCGGUUCAGUCGGAAAAAUUGAAGCAACUACACGAGAUGGCAGCGGCACCCGAGUGGCUUACCCACAGCUACAUCGAGCAUGCACUUCGCUGCCACUACAAGGAUGAAGGACUAACCAUAACUCACCUGCAGAUUAAUCCCGCCCUGGGACCUGGUGAAAACUACGGCGGAGUUCUGACCCGUGCUCGAGUGGAGUUCACACUGUCCAACCAGGAGAAAAAUGUGCAGAACCUGAUUGUAAAGACGGAAAUCGAUGAUGAUGAGCUGACCCAGGAACUGAUGGCCCCAUAUGACAUUUACAACCGCGAGAUGACCAUCUACCAGGAAGUGCUGCCCAAAUGCAGAGAGCUCCUUAAUGAAAUCGGAGAUACUGAAAGAAUAUUUCCCACUGCCAUCUAUGUGGAUCGCGAGCGUAUGGCCAUUAUCUUCGAAGAUCUUUCCGUGGUGGGUUACGUCAUGGCCGAUCGAGUGCGUCGCCUUAAUGAGGAGCACACCCACCUCAUCCUGCGCAAGUUGGCCAAAUUUCAUGCCGCCACAGCGGUCUUAAACGAGCGGCAAAAUGGAUGCCUCGAAAGCUACGAUCGUGGUUUCUUUAAUCGCUAUACAAACGCCUACAGUGGCUACUUUGUGGGUGGUCUGCUGGCCGCCGCUCGCUGGAUGAGCAAGGUGCCCACGUUGGCCCACUACGGAGAGAAGCUAUUCGCUUUGGCUCCACACUACAUGGACAUCGGCAGGGCGUGCUUUGCACCCACUCCGGGUCAAGUGAAUGUUCUGGCCCAUGGCGAUGUGUGGACCAACAAUGUGAUGUUCAAGUACGAUCCGAGUACGGGACGACCCGUCGACGUGCUGCUCAUUGACUUCCAGUACUCCUUCUGGGGUUCCCCAUGCAUCGAUCUCCAUCACCUGUUCAAUACUUCUCUGAAGGAGCCACUGCGUAGAGAUCAGCAGAAUGGGCUCUUCCAGUUCUACCACAAGAUAUUCACUGAGACGUUAGAAAAGCUGAACUAUCGUCAAAAUCAGAUUCCCAGCUUGCAUCAAUUUAAGCUGGAGGUGGAGCAAAAGAGAUUCUUUGCUUUGCAUUCUACGGUAGUGGUGCAGCCAGUUAUGAUCAGCCAGGAUCCCACGGAUGCCUGUUUCAAUGCCUUGAUGAACGACGAUGAGCGUGGCAUUCGGUUUAAGAACCGAUUAUAUAACAACCCUACAGUUCAACAAAAUUUACAUUCCCUGGUUCCCUUCUUCGAUAGAAAGGGACUGCUGGAAGUUAACCAGACCUGUUAAGUGAUUAUUAGGAUAUGUUUUAUUGGGCUUCCACGUUUUAUGUCUAUAAGGUUUAAUAAUAAUAAACAAUCUCAUUUUAAAUUAAA